AUGUUGGAUUUAUCGAAAAGAGAAUUUACUAAACUCCCAGGAGAAAUAGAUGUAAACUUUAUUCCCAUAAUAUACCAAGGCAUUUAUCAAGGAACCAGACUAUUAUAACACACUAACUGCUUGUAAUUGCAAAACACAAUAGCUGUUGAGCUUCAUGCAUUUCAAAAAGCUAUAAGCCUUAGAUUUAUCAAAUAAUGAACUAGGAAGCUUUGUGAAGACAAACACAUUAUAGGGUUUGUUUCUAUUAAAAGUAUUGAUCUUGAAAAAAAAUGGUAUUACUCAAAUAAAUGAUUAAUUUUUUGCCACUGCAAAGAAUAUUGAGGUAUGAUUGUUUUUGAUGUGUUUUUAUUUAGAUGCUAGACCUUUCAGAAAAUAAAAUAACUAAAUGCGGCAAAUCAUUUUUAGACCUACCUAAACUUAUUACGUAAACUGAACCUAUUAAUUUAGACUUAAUUUAAAUAAAAAUCAAAUUGAUGAUUUAAAUGCUUUUAAAAUUUUCAAAACCAACCCUCUCUAAGAAUUACAAUACCUUGGAAUCAGAUAGAACAAUAUAGAAUCGUAUACUUUAAUAUUAAUAUAAUUUUAGAAAUUACAGAUCCAAAUUCGAAACAACAUUGACCAUAUUCUUUCCAAAUUUAUAAUUUGUUCUAACCAUGUUCUCUCAAUAGAGGGAACUUAAUGCUUUUCAUGAGAUUCUAUAUGUUGAUCAUUACUUAGAUCAAACAGAGGUCCCUUUACAACAAAAUUAAAUUGAAUGUUCCUUCCAUAACGAUUCUUUAAUUGCUAAUUGCAUAGUUAGUUAAAACCAGACAUCCGCUAAAAAAAGCAAGAGAUCAGUGAACUCGUGUGAUUCAAGGUUUGGCUCAUUUAAAAAAAGGGAUCCAGAUACAUUAAAAAGACAAAUAGAAUUCAGAAAAAAGGAAUUAGAGAAAUUAGAUUAAUCGAUUGAAUAAAUUACUAUAAAAAGAGAUGAAAUAAAGAUUUUAACUUAAAAGUACUAAUACUUCUUAUAAGAUUGUAAAAUAAUUAUUAAUUUAUAGCACUUUAAUUAUAAGACAACUCUCUUUUGGUCACAGUGUUGUAGAGGUUAGGAGAAUAUUGCAAUUCUAUUGAUAGUUUGAAUUAAUAAAAAGGAAGGAACUUAGUAGUUGAACUAUUAAACUCUAUGAAAUGCAAAGACUCUCUUGACAUCGAUUAAACUUUAUUGAAAAUGGAGGCUAUCAUGAAGAAGAUGUAAGAAUUAAUGAAUUGA